AUGGCACCGCCUCUAGCAACAACAGCAAAUCUGCCGUCAUCAUCCACAGCCCGAAGAUACAUAAAUCCUGAAAGCAACAUCCCGCAUCCAGACCUUCCUGAAACAUCAAACUUCAACACUCGUCAAGUUCCUGUGCCGUUUGAUGAUGCUGCAUUCACUAAUGCUGCAAUGCUGGAAUAUACGGAUUCAUUGAGUGAAUCGAUCGAGAUAGCCGUUGAGCAAACAUUUAAGGACAAGCUUGCGUUUGGCAUCGGGGAAUUGGAGAAUGGUAGCAGUUGGAAUUGGUUCCUUACUUACCUUAGCAAUGCGAUAAGGUCUCUGGAGGAUCUUGUGAUUAUAUCCGAUAGACAUAAAGGUUUACUGAAAGAGGUAACCCAUGUCUUCCCACGUGCAAUUCAUGGCUACUGCGCAUAUCAUAUCUACAGAAACUUAGUGGACAUCUUUAAAGACAAGUCAUUGGAGAUGUACUUCUGGCGGACAGUGAAGACAUGUAGGGUAGCUGAAUUCAAAAAAUUAAUGCAUGAUAUCGAAAUGGCUAACCCCGUAGUACAUGCAUGGCUGACAGAAAUCGGAUAUGAGAAAUGGGCAUCUUCACACUUUCCAGGAAAAAGAUUCAACUUGGUUACUAUAAACAUUUUCGAGUGUGUCAAUGCCCUCUUCAAAGAAGCACGCGAAUACCCCGUUACGAAAUUGAUAGAAGGGGUUAGAUUGAAGAUACAAGAAUUGUUUUAUAAGAGAAGAGAAUCUACGGCAUCAUUUAUAGGGCCAUUGACAGCAUGGGCGGAGCAGCAGUUAAAGGAUCUUAUGCAGAAGGCGUGA